UAUUUUCUGUCAGAUGUAGCGUUUUGAAUGCGUACGUUGUACAUCAGUGUUGCGCGUCCGCGUCAGUCCAGAUUACACGAACAGGAAGAAGAUAACGUCGUUUUAAGAGAACAGCUGAAACCGAACAAAAUAGCAUUACCAUCUCCACCAGGUUGCUAUUGUCCUGUAAACAAAGUGGCUAGCUAGUUAGCGAGAGCUGUUAAAUCACUUGGAAAUCUGGACCUUGUUCACUGUGCCUGUGUUUGCUUAAGCCUUGCGCAGUGGAACAUAUUGAUAUAACAGUACUGCUAUCUGUCUGUUGUUACCGCUGCACCUCAAGGUCCGAGUCAGAGGAUUUAAUUGAGUUGCUAAAACGAAGAAUGUAACGUUAGGUGGGGCAACGUUGCUGAAAAUGUAGCCAUUCCUCUUGAGGACAAGGAAGAAGCGCGAGAGGUGAUCUUCCCCAAAUCCGCUGGCUUGGACACACACGGAGUGGGUGUGUAAAGGGUGGAUGUUUGUAUUGAUGCGCUUGACUGCAUGCAGAUUUAGGACCCAGGCCUGAUGGAGAAGAGAGACAGGAAGCCGGGAUAUUUUGCCAGGCUGAAGAGGCGGAGACAGCUCAAGCAGAGCCAAUCGGAAAAGAAUGUGACUGAGCAGAACCCGGCUGUGAUUUCCUGUCCAGACAUCCCAAAUGACAAGGACCCCAACAAGAAGACAGACCUCCAGAGAAUAACAGCAAAGCCACAUGCGGCCUCGGACGAUGGCUGCAAAAGUAUCAAUCAGACCAAGAGGGAGAAGAAGAGACCACCGGGGACAGUGGAGUUCAUUGUGGGGCCCGAUCACUCCCUCACCAGCAUCGCACUGAAGUACAACGUCACCCCAAACAAACUGGUCCAGCUGAACAAGCUGUUCUCUCGCAGUGUCUACCCCGGUCAGAAGCUGUUCGUCCCUGAUGUGAGCCAGGCAGAAGCUGAGCUAAAGUCUCAGAGUUCCUCUGAUCCCUGCUUCACAAAUGGCCUAUUGGAGAAAGCAUCACAUGACGGCACGUUAAACUGCAUGUCAACAAAGUCCCUCCGGCGUGAGCUCUCCCCAAACUCUGAGGACGAGAGCCCGGCAACGGUUAAGUUCAUCAAGAUGAGCUGCAAAUAUUUCACCGAUGGCAUGGGAGUGGUGGGAGGCGUGCUGAUCGUGACCCCCAACAACAUCAUGUUCGACCCCCACAAGUCGGACCCCCUGGUGAUCGAGCACGGCUGCGAGGAGUACGGCCUGAUCUGCCCCAUGGAGGAGGUCGUCUCUGUGGCGCUGUAUGACGACGUGUCGCGCAUGAAGCUCAAAGACGCUCUGCCAUCAGACCUACCCCAGGAUUUAUGUCCUGUGUACAGGCCCGGCGAGUGGGAGCAACUGCCAUCAGAGCGAGAUCUAAACCCCUUCAGCCGCUAUGAAGCUCUUGUUCCGAAGCGACCAAUCGUGUUGGAUGACAUCGAAUCAACGCUCUUAGAAACUGCGAGCACAGAAGGCGAGCAGACAGAGAAGUCUCCGUCAGAUGAAGGAUUCACAGAGUUGGAGCCAACUGUCAACGGUAGCACUGAAGAGGCCGAGGGGACGUCCUCCAUCGUCAGCAGGGACCAACCGGAACUAGGACCAAGCCGCCCAGGCCGGGGAGACUUUCAGGACACGACGAUUCUUUCUCAAACUACAGUGAAGCUUGAUGAUGAAGAGGAUGAGGGCGUAGCUCAGAACAGCUCCAUUGAGAACGGCGAGUCAAUACAAUUCUCUUCAGAGACUGAAAAACAGGGUAGCUCGCGUGAUAACCCUACAAACCAAGAAGAAACCAAAGAUAUGAAACCUAAAGGGACCGAAGAGCUGCUGAAUGGUGCACACGGUGAAAUAAUCAGCGCACCUGUCGUCCAAAACAGGAAAUUUAGUCUGAAGGAGGUUUCUGAGAUUCGUGGGGACUCGAAUCCAAAGAAACAUAGCCCAGACAGACCGGCAGGUGGGGCUGAAGUCAGUGAGGAGGAGAGACGGAAGAAAAGCUAUGAGGCAGAAGUGAAGUCAUGGCUGCUGGAGAGGAUACAGGCUCCAAUAGAAGACAUGCUUUACUCAUCAGAGGAGAAGAGUAAAAAACCACCUAUGUUCCUGUGCUUCAAAGUGGGGAAGCCAAUGAGGAAGUCCUUUGCCACCGGGAGGACCUUAAGUCCUGCCCACUCAUUCGGGGGUCGGGGGAAACAGCCCGAGUACUGGUUUGCGGUGCCACAAGAAAGGGUGGACCACCUGUAUGCAUUUUUCGUCCAGUGGUCCCCGGAUGUGUACGGGAAGGAGGCUCGAGAGCAGGGCUUUGUUGUGGUGGAGAAAGAUGAGCUGGACAUGAUUGACAACUUCUUCAGUGACCCUGCGUCUUGCAGCUGGGAGAUCAUCACCAUUGAUGAGGCCAAGCGUAGGCAGAGUUUCAGCAGCUGUGACGGAGAAUUGUCCCUGGAUGCGCUGCCCAUACUCAGAGAUACCAGUGAUCUGCUGCUGCAGGACACGCACAUUGAGAAGCUUGCCAGUCGCUUGCCGGCCCGUGUGCAGAUUUACUCCUGGAGACUGGCCUACAGCACUGUGAAACAUGGGACCAGCCUGAAGACUCUGUACAGGAGCCUGGCAGACGUGGACAGUCCCGUGCUGCUGGUCGUCAAAGAUAUGGAUAACCAGAUAUUUGGGGCUUUCUCGACUCACCCCUUCAGAGUGAGCGAACACUGCUACGGCACCGGAGAGACAUUCCUCUACAGCUUCUGUCCUGAGAUCAAGGUGUACCGCUGGACGGGGGAGAAUUCUUACUUUGUGAAGGGCAAUACUGAUUCUCUUCAGAUGGGAGGAGGAGGUGGUCAGCUGGGUCUGUGGCUGGACGCCGAGCUGUACCGAGGAACCACCACCAAAUGCGCCACCUUCAACAACCAGCCACUCUCCGUCCAGCAAGACUUCAACAUCCACAGUGUGGAGGUCUGGACCUUUGAGUAGCCUCACCUGCUCCCCAGCUACUCCUGUAUUCACUCCCAGCUUCAAACAACCCCAAGUCUAUUACGCACCGCUUGGAGGCGAACCUAGCUGUCCCACAUUGACGCUAAAUGUUCCGCGAGAGAAGCGAGUGCGGUUGUUACAUUGACUGGAAAGUACUGUUUUGAGGUGGGUUUGGUCUACAGGUAGGUUGGCCUAGUUCAUGUCUGGGCCCUCCGUCCUUCAAAGGUGGAAGUGUGAGAAAAUGUGGUGUCUCUCAGUUCAUUAGCUGCCUUAGACAUCCGUCAAUGCCUCCAGCUUUCCCAGCAUGCAGACUGCCAUUAGCUCAUGAGGAGAGAGAGAGAAGAAGAAGAAGACGAAGAAGACGAAGAAGAAGAAGAAGAAGAAGAAGAAGAAGACGAAGAAGACGAAGAAGAAGAAGAAGAAGAAGGCUGCUGAUGUUACUGCUGAGGUUAUCCCGAAAAGAUUUUAAGUCUGGAUGAAAGAACAAGGUAUCCCAUAAUGCAUUUGGUUAAUUUGUGCAGAAAUAAUGAUGUAAUUAGUAUCUGUGGGAAUGUAUAGGGUUAUGUGCUGAAGUGAAGUUUAGAAUCUUAUAUAUAUAUAUUUCUUUUUUUUUUUUUUUUUUUUUUUUUUUUUUUUGUUACGAUCCAAUGCAUUUCAAACUUAAAGGGAGUGGAGUUUUUCAGGGAGAUUACAUAAGCUUUCAGAGAGGGAAAUGUUGUAAUUGUUUACAAUGGAGGUCUUGCACUUCCUCUGAGGUCCGUCUUGUUCUCUUAUUUUCGAGUUUUAGAUGACCUGAAUGAGAACGUCCCAUUGCAUUUCCUCACAACAACGCUUCAUGUUUUAAUUCCCCCGUAUAAUCUAAAACAACUAGUAAAGCCAGGUUUGCAAUGACCAAAUGUGUUGUAUUUGAAUUCCACAGUUGUUGUGAGCUCAUUAUAUUUUAUACAAUAUUUUAUUUUAUUUUUUAUUUUUACAUUGUUUUUUUUUUUUUUACAAAGAAUGCUCAGUUGUGUUUAUUUUUUUAAUAGUUGUACUUUUAUAGCAAUGUUGUGUUAAAGGUUUCUGAUUUGGACCCAAUAAGCACUGUUGAUGACUGUUUGUCAGUAUUGAAUUCAUAUCUCACGUCGACUGAUUUUUAUCUCUCUUUAUUUUCAUCUCUAAUCGUUCAGAGAGCCGGUCGAGGUUUAACAUGACAUCACGUUGCACUCCAGGAUUAAUCGACAGUCAAUGCUGUGUUGUGGACCAGUGUAAUGAAGCAUCGCUUCCUUGUAAAAUUGUUACUGAAUGUUAUUUGAUCACCACUACAGGAGGGAGGCUUCCUGUCCAACCACAUGUCAGCCUCUGCUUUACUUUAAAAUGGGUGUGAAAUGGACGGUUUGUUUUUAGCACUCUGGUAUGCCACUAACUAAAAGUUCUACUAACACGGAAAAGACAUUUUCAUUUAUAUCUUGUGUAUCUGAUACAGGCUUGUAGUGCAUGAAUAUGUGAUACUGCAAGACUGCAUGUGUGACACCACUGUUAUGAUACCUGCCAUACUAUUCACUAAUACCAGUUGUCGCUUCAUGUGAAAAUGAGCUUUGUUGUCUUGUGUUGUAACUGUGAAGGCUCCCUGAGUAUUAUUUCUUGUGAAUCCAAAACUGCUGUUAUCACUAAGGAUCUAUUUAUUGUGUUGUUAUAGCAAACACAUUUAAACUUAAAUAAAUGUUAAAUAUAUACAUAUAUGAUAA